AAACAGAAACACUUAAUAAUUAAAAUGUUGUUUUUUCUCGUUUUGACUUUUCAUCUCUUUAUUAUGACUUUGAAACUCAAGAGUUUGUAUUUCAUAAUUUUAAGUGAAACUCAUAAAUAUGAUCUUUUAUUAUGACUGAAAUUCCUUCUAUUAGAGAAAUUCAUUAUUUUCAGCAGCUCUUCUGGUGGAAGCUGUCCCUUCUUCAUCUCGCCGGUCCUCCUUAAAAAACAAACAUGGCGUCUUUUCCGUGUUGGGGGAGGAUAAAAGUCAUGUCGGUCCCGCCCCGGGUGCCACGGAGGGAAGUUUACUGUCAAAGUACACGGACAUCAUGGACUGUUGAUCAAGACCGGGUCCAAGGGUCCAACCUGGGUCCACUUCACGUGUUCCGCUCCGGACCACAGCAGCAUUCUGCAGCAGGACCUGAAGCUGAGACUUAGAAGAAGUUCGGCCGAAGCUGUGCAGUCAUGUCCGGGUCCAGCAGACUGAUGAGUCCGUUUCAAACACCGCGUUGUUUGUCUGCUGCAGCUCCGGCGGGAAAAGCCAAACUGACUCACCCCGGAAAAGCCAUUCUGGCAGGUGGGAUUGCAGGAGGUAUAGAGAUCUGCAUCACCUUCCCCACAGAGUAUGUAAAGACACAGCUGCAGCUGGAUGAGAAGGCAAAUCCUCCCAAAUACAGAGGAAUUGUGGACUGUGUGAAGCAGACCGUGAGCAGUCAUGGGGUGAGAGGACUCUACAGAGGUCUGGACUCUCUCCUCUAUGGAUCUAUACCCAAAGCAGCUGUCAGGUUUGGGAUGUUUGAGUUUCUCAGCAAUAAGAUGCGAGAUGAGAGCGGAAAGCUGGACAGCAAGAGAGGAUUCCUCUGCGGCCUUGGAGCGGGAGUUGCAGAAGCAGUGGUUGUAGUCUGUCCUAUGGAGACAGUUAAGGUUAAAUUCAUUCAUGAUCAAACUUCAGCAAACCCAAAGUACAAAGGAUUUUUUCAUGGUGUGAGGGAGAUUAUCAGAACUCAAGGACUGAAGGGGACCUAUCAGGGUCUGACUGCCACAGUGCUGAAACAAGGCUCCAAUCAGGCCAUCCGCUUUUACGUCAUGACCUCACUGAGAAACUGGUACAAAGGUGAUGACCCGAACAAAAUUAUCAAUCCCGUGGUAACUGGGCUGUUUGGAGCCUUCGCUGGUGCUGCCAGUGUGUUUGGGAACACUCCACUGGAUGUCAUCAAGACCAGGAUGCAGGGUCUGGAGGCUCACAAGUACAAAAGCACUAUGGACUGUGCUGUUCAGAUCAUGAAGCACGAAGGACCAAUGGCGUUCUACAAAGGUACUGUGCCCCGUUUGGGUCGGGUGUGUAUGGAUGUUGCCAUAGUCUUCGUCAUCUAUGAAGAAGUGGUCAAGGUCUUGAACAUGGUGUGGAAGACUGACUGAGACAAACCCUUCGGUGCUACAACUUGGAGUGUUGGGAAAGCUGAUCCACGUUACUAAAUGGACCUAAAGCUGUCUCCUUAAAUCCUGCUUCUAGGUUCUAAUAUCUACCUCCAAGUAUUUUCAAACA